AUGUCGGAAGUCCAAGGAACGGUUGAGUUUUCUGUAGAGCUACACAAAUUUUAUAAUGUGGAUCUCUUUCAGAGGGGGUAUUACCAGAUCCGAAUGACCUUGAAGGCGUCCUCGAGGGUCCCCCACCGACUGAGCGCCUCCGUCGCCGGGGAGACAGACGGCAGCAGCCUGCAUUCGGCCUGCGUCCACGAGAGCACCGUGCACAGCCGCAUCUUCCAGAUCCUGUACAGGAACGAAGAGGUGCCGAUAAGCGAUGCUGCCAUCUUCCGAGCACAUUUGCUCUUGGACGGUGAAAGGGUGGAAGAGGCGCUGAGUGAAGUCGGCUUCCAGCUCAAGGUGGACCUGCACUUCACGGACAGCAAGCAGCAGCUGAGGGACGGGGCGGGGGCCCCCAUGAUCAGCAGCCGCACGCUGGGCCUGCACUUCCAGCCCCGCAGAGGCCUGCACCACCACGUCCCCGUCAUGUUCGACUACUUCCACCUGUCGGUGAUCUCGGUGACCGUCCACGCUGCCCUGGUGGCCCUGCAGCAGCCCCUGAUCAGCUUCACUCGGCCGGGAAGGGGCUCGUGGCUCGGCAAGGGCGGCGUGGGCGCGGGGCCCGAACAGUCCAGCCUCUCUCUGGAAAACCUGGUCUUCGGGGCUGGAUACUGCAAGCCGACGUCCUCCGAGGGGAGCUUCUACGCGUCCUCGGAGAGCUGCAUGCAGCACGCUUACAAGUGGCACCGAGAGCUGUGCUUCCUGCUCUUACACGCCCACCGGGGACUGCGCGCCUACUUCCUGGUCAUCAUGCGGGACGUCCCAGAGCUGCCACACGUGGAGCUGGAGUCCCUCGCUGUUGAAGAAACACUGUCUCAGCUGUGCUCGGAGCUACAGACGUCGACCAGUCCAGAGAAGAUAGCUGAGCAGAUAAGUAAGAACCUCGCCUGGCUGGCCUCCCACCUGAUGGCUCUGUGGACCCAGUUCCUAGACACGGUGACUCUCCACUCCCAAGUGACCGCUUACCUCACACAGGAGCAUCACACCCUGAGGGUCCGGAGGUUUUCUGAGGCCUUCUUUUACAUGGAGCACCAGAAACUGGCCGUCUUGACCUUUCAGGAAAACCUGAUACAGACCCACAGCCAGCUGUCUCUGGAGGUCCGGAACUCGGAGUACCUGGCCACCAUGCCCCCGCUGCCCGCAGAGUGCCUGGACAUCGACGGCGACUGGAACACCCUGCCAGUCAUCUUUGAGGACAGAUACGUGGACUGCCCUGCGACAGGGCAUAAUUUGAGUGUUUACCCUGUUUUUGACGUUCCAGCAACAAGUCCCACAAAAAGGAGUCUAAAAGACAGAGAAGAAGAAUGUAUUGUAAAUAGAAAAUCACCUUUUAGGGAAAACCUCGCCUUGCCCACCAUGAAAGCACCUCAAUCAGACUCUGACGAAGUGGGGACUAGGUGUCCAAAGCCAGAUGAGGCUGUGACCGCACCAGGUCACACAGACACGUGUUCUGAGUCUCAGGUGUGUCUGACAGUUGGUGAAUUCCAGGACAAAGCGGGUUUGCCCGAGGACGCGUGGCAGGCUGGCCCGGGGUCUGAUGUUGGAAUGCAUUCGCUGGCAUAUGGGGACCCGCCCGGCAGGAGUCCAGGCCCAGAGGGUGGCCAGGACCCCGCGUGGACCGAUGCUGAUGUACGGUCCAGCGGUAAUAUCCCCUGCAGCACUGACCCCGCCAUGGCCACUGGGGCUUGGCACGAGAGUGGGCACUUUGGAGAUACCUGUGAACCAGACGGAGCUCCGCUACGUGAAGGGGUGGCCGGUGGGGGUCAGCAGAAUGCCAUCGCUUCAGAGAAGACGGCGCCCCAUGAGUCACAGAUGCUGGGACAGGGGGCUGGCCGGGAGGGCAAGGCCGCGCUGCUAAGUCUGAAGCUCCACCCCGGGGAGCCCGACGAGCCACCCGGCUCGGCUCUGGGGGACUCCUGGGAUGUCAGGGCUUCCCCCAAGGACCCUCGCACAGAGGGCCGGGAGGAGCUGGCGCUGCUCUCGGGGCUCAUCAAGCGGUCGUCUUCCGUCAUCUCCGAUUCCGGCAUCGAGAGCGAGCCGAGCUCCGUCGCCUGGUCCGAGGCCCGAAGCCGGGCCCUGGAGCUGCCCAGUGACCGGGACGCCGUGCACCAGCUGGUCCGGAGGCACGCCCUGCACCGGGCCUCCCUGGGGGGCGGGCACACAGAGAGCAGCACGAGCCUGCCCAGCGGCGCCCAGGCGUCCCUCACCUCCAUUAGCUCUUUGCCUUUCGAGGAAGAGGGGCGGGAGGUGGAACUCACCAAGCUGACCAAGUCAGUCUCUGCACCCCAGAUCAGCAGCCCGGAGGAGUCUGCUGAAGAUGUGGGCGCCGUGCGGCCCGUGGGGGGUCUCGCCGAGGCCGCAGCUGUGCACGGCAAGGGCGCAGAUCCUCCGGGACCCUGCCUUCGACUCGGCGGUGGCUCCGGAAUCCAGGACGCUGGGGUGGACUGUCCUCCUCUGGACGUGGUUUCGGGUACUGACAGCCGGCAGGGCCCCGGGGACACGGACACCUGCACAGCUGGGGACAGUCAGUCUGACUCUCGAGGACCCUGUUGUCUGGAUGGCAGGACCGAGAACCCUCCAGGUGUCGAAACGAAAGGUCUUAAUUUAAAAAUACCGUGUAUCGUAGCGCCGGGACACCCUGAGGACGGACCUUGUCCCGGAGCACCAGCGGGGACGCCUAAGGACACGUCUGCAGAGUCAGGUGUGGGGGAAGGAGCUGUCUCUGACAGCAGCAGCUCAGACGUCACGAGCCUCGCUGGACCGGGCCGUACAUCCGCUCCCGAUGCCAUCGGCCCGGAUGCGGCAGGCCAGCGAAGCGUCUCGGGGGAUAGAGCGUUUGGCAGAGGAGCUAGCCCCUUCCCGGAGGUCGGCCAUGGGGCAGGCUCCGUGUGCUCCACUGCGGCUCACGCCAGUCCCUCCCAGGUUGCGGGAAGCCAAGAGCCGAGGGCAGGCACCUCCGUCAUGGUGUCCCAGCUGGCCCCCGCCGAGACCUGCACUCCAGACAGCCUGAAAGCUGUGGCGAUCGUCAACUUGUCCGUGUCUUGCACGGCCACGUGUCUCCCUUUCUCGUCUGUGCCCAAGGAGACCCCGGCCCGGGCUGGGUUCUCUUCCAAGCAGACCCCGUUUCCCAUCACGCAUCAGCCUCUGGGUUCCUUUGGGGUCGUCCCCGCCCGUCCCGGCAAGGCGGAGGAGGACGCCGGCGGGAGGAUGUUCAGUUUUUAUCAGGCCAAAGAAAAAUUUAAAAAAGAACUGAAGAUUGAUGGAUUUCUGUACAGUGACUUAUCUGUACUAGCUUCUGACAUACCGUAUUUCCCACCAGAGGAAGAGGAAGAAAAUUUGGAAGAGGGGAUUCACCUGGUAGUCUGUGUCCAUGGCCUGGAUGCUGCGGCCCCACCGUUUGAGGCCGAGUUCCCAUCGGUCAAGCCGGGCGCGUGCCCACAACGUGCCGUGGCGUCUGGCGGAGGAGCCGGGCCUCGCCGCAGCCCCAGGCCUGUCUCCUCUCUCCCCCUCCAGAUGGACACGUUCGCGGACUUCGACACCAUGACGGACCGGCUGCUGGACGAGAUCAUUCAGCACAUCCAGCUGUACAACCUCUCCAUCUCCCGGAUCAGCUUCAUUGGCCACUCUCUCGGCAACAUCAUCAUCCGCUCCGUCCUGACGCGGCCCCGGUUCCGGUAUUACCUCAGCAAGCUGCACACCUUCCUGUCGCUGUCAGGGCCUCACCUGGGGACCCUGUACAACAGCAGCGCCCUGGUCAGUACAGGCCUGUGGCUCAUGCAGAAGCUGAAGAAGUCCGGGUCGCUCUUGCAGCUGGCCUUCAGGGAUCACGCCGACCUGCGCAAGUGCUUCCUCUACCAGCUUAGCCAGAAAACAGGUCUGCAGUAUUUUAAGAACGUCGUGCUGGUGGCUUCUCCCCAAGACCGCUAUGUGCCAUUCCACUCAGCCAGGAUUGAAAUGUGCAAAACGGCCCUGCGAGACAGACACACAGGGCCCGUGUACGCAGAGAUGAUCCACAACCUGCUCAGCCCCCUGGUCGCAGCCAAGGGCUGCACUCUGGUCCGGCACAACGUGUUCCACGCCUUGCCCAACACCGCCAACGCCCUGAUCGGCCGUGCCGCGCACAUCGCUGUGCUGGACUCAGAGGUCUUCCUCGAGAAGUUCUUCCUGGUGGCCGGACUCAACUACUUCAAGUGA